AAGGCUUUAGAAUUCCAGAUGGCAUGACAGUAUUCACUGCAGAGAUAUCAGGGAUCAUAUUGGCACUUUGGUGGAUGAUGGACAACAAACUGGUCAAGUCAGUCAUAUGUAGCGAUUCAUCAGCCAUAUUAACAUCAGUAAAAAAAACCCAAAAAAAACAAGAAAACGCUAACUCCAAAUUCAGACCCGAUAUUCUAUUAGAAAUAUUUCAAGCACUGUUUCAAAUUCACAGAGCAGAGUAUGAGGUGGGUUUUAUUUGGGUUCCAGCACAUAUGGGUGUGGAGGGCAAUGAGGAAGCAGAUAGCUUGGCACAAAGAACAACCAAGGAGGAAAGAACAGAAUAAACAUGGGAGUCUAGGAGCAGCUGGAUGAACUGCUUUUAAUCUUUGCUUUCUACUUAACAUGCAGGAGUGGACAAAUAUGAAGAAACUUCUGAACUUUGUCAAAACCACAUAACUCAGGAAAUAUUUAAGAUUCUCCAAGGACUAUGAAUAACAUCCAGUAGGUGGCAGCAAUACGCCAGUGAUGCGUCUAGUCUGCCUUAUUCAAGGAGGAAGAAGAAAGUUACUUAGUGUUUCUGCCGGAACUUCAUAACGUGACACCCGGCGGAUUUAAACAAAGAAGCAUGAGCAGAGUUAGCUUUACUGCUGUGUGGACUGAGCUAUGAAACGGCUGGAUUAUAGUAUGAGUGAGAUAUAUUAGAGCAUUAAAGUAACGAUGUGUUCAGUUGAGCAUCUGAGAGAGUUGAUCAGGGACAGACUAACUGCUGCUGCUGGAGAAAUAUUCACAGAGUUUGAAAAAACCAUCGUCCAGUACCAGGAGGAGAUCGAUCGUCAGCGCAGACUGCUGGAUGUCAUCUGGAAACCACACAUCCCCUUACAAUCCAUAGAGCUCCCACAGUCUUAUGUCUGUGAGAAUGAGAAGACUCUCGUUGACCAUCAGCCCCAUGACCAGGAGAGAAACUCCAUGGUGGACCAUGAUGAUCCAGAACCUCCACAGAUUAAAGACCAGCAGGAGAAACUCUGCACCAGUCUGGAGCAAUCAAACCCAGAGAUUUCUCAAAUUAAAAGAGAAGAGGAAGAAUUCUGCACCAUUCAGAACAAGUCAAAUCCAGAGCGUCCUCAAAUUAAAAAGGAACAGGAUGAACUCUGCUCCAGUCAGGAGGAAGAGCAACUUGGAUUGAAACAGGAGACUGAUCCCUUUGCGAUGACUCCUGAUGAUGAGGAAAGUGACCACAGUGAACCAAAACCAAGCAAUGAUCAGCUCCUGUUUCACAUCUCUUUUGCAGCUGAGAGCCCAGAUCAGGAUGGAAGCAAGAAUGUAGACUCAGGAUCAACUAGCUGUAUCAAGCUGAAGUCAAGACAUCACAGUACCAGCAGUCACAGUAAUGAUGUAGACAAUGCUCCAACGUCAGAGAGACAGUGUGAUAAUGACAAGGCAACAAAAUCUCUAACAUGUGGUGUCUGUGGAAAAGCCUUUAGGUAUAAGUCAAAUUUAAUCACACAUCACAGAACCCACACAGGUGAGAAGCCGUAUUCUUGUGAAAUCUGUGGAAAAUGCUUCACUCAACGUUCCAAUUUGACUGCCCACAUGAGAUGUCACACUGGUGAGAAGCCAUAUUCUUGUGGAACCUGUGGAAAAAGCUUCACUCAACGGGGCUCUUUGACUGACCACAUGAGACAUCACACAGAGCUCCCACAGUCUUAUGUCUGUGAGAAUGAGAAGACUCUCAUUGACCAUCAGCCCCAUGACCAGGAGCGAAACUCCAUGGUGGACCAUGAGGACCCAGAACUUCCACUGAUUAAUGACCAGCAGGAGGAACUCUGCACCAGUCUGGAGCAAUCAAACCCAGAGAUUUCUCAAAUUAAAAAGGAACAGGAAGAAUUCUGCACCAUUCAGUACAAGUCAAACCCAGAACGUCCUCAAAUUAAAAAGGAACAGGAUGAACUCUGCUCCAGUCAGGAGGAAGAGCUACUUGGAUUGAAACAGGAGACUAAUACCUUUGUUGUGACUUCUGCUUCUGAGGAAAGUGAUCACAGUGAACCAAAAUCAAACACUGAUCAGCUCCUGUUUCACAUCUCUUGUGCAGCUGAGAGCCCAGAUCAAGAAGGAAGCAAGGAUGUAGACUCAGGAUCAACUAGACAUGUCAAGCUGAAGCCAAGACAUCACAGUACCAGCAGUCACAGUAAUGAUGUAGACAAUGCUCCAACGUCAGAGAGACAGUGUGAUAAUGACAAGGCAACAAAAUCUUUAACAUGUGAGAUGUGUGGAAAAGCUUUUAAGUAUAAGUCAGAGUUAAUCAGACAUCACAGAACCCACACAGGUGAGAAGCCAUAUUCUUGUGGUACAUGUGGAAAAAGCUUUAGUCAACGGUGCACUUUUACUGCUCACAUGAGAUGUCAUACAGGUGAGAAGCCAUAUGUUUGUAACAGCUGUGGAAAAAGAUUCAGUCAACGGACCCAUUUGACCGUCCACAUGAGAUGUCACACAGGUGAGAAGCCGUAUGUUUGUAACACCUGUGGAAAAAGAUUUCCUCGUUCAUCAGCACAUAACAAGCACAUGACAAUUCACAAAAUGGGAAAGUCGUAUUCUUGUGGAACCUGUGGAAAAAGUUUCGUUAAGCGUUCCCCUUUGACUGACCACAUGAGAAUCCACACAGGUGAGAAGCCGCGAUCCUGAAACAUCUGUGGAAAACUUAGCAUCAGAACUAAGCUUGAAACAACAUGUAAGAAUUGAUCCAGGUUAAAAGUAGAUCCCUGAAAUUUAAAGCACCUUUAGACUGUGCUUCAACAACAGUUGUGAGGAAUUAUGUAAGCAGUCCUUGAUGAUUAGACCAGAUGGAGUCUGGACUGUGGUGGUGGUGGAGCAGUCAGAAGAACCUAACUGAAUAUCUGGAUGGAUAUGGUGUUAGUACAGACUACUAUAUUUCUGAUAUCAUGACAUCCUUCAUCAGCAGAGCAGUGAUUUGAGAUAAUGUGAAGCUGUUUGGAACAUUUUCACAUCCUGCUGAGAGAACAUGGCUGUUCAGGUGUGAACAUACUGCUGGAAUCUACACAGCUUGAGUUCUGUUGUCUUUCAAGUAAAAGGAGGCAACAAGAUACUGAGACAUUGUGACAGUAGAACACAACAGAGUGUCACUGCAGCAGCAGAGAUGUGCACGUGAAAUAAAGUUGUAAUAAAACAUGCAGCUCCAUGACUGCUUCAUGAAAUGUUUUGAAUGUAUUUAAACAGAUGAACUUUUACACAUUUAAUGAUGAGUGUAACAAUGAAG